ACAUCAGAAUCUUCUCACUGUCAGUCAGCUGAACUCACAUCUCCUGCCAACAUGUCCUACAGCUGCUGCUCUGGAAACUUCUCCUCCCGCUCCUUUGGGGGAUACCUGCGCUACCCCAGCUCCUCCUGUGGCUCGUUCCACCGCAGCAACCUGGUCUACCGCACUGACGUCUGCUCUCCCAGCACUUGCCAGGUGGGCUCCUCCAUCCACAGUGGCUGUCAGGAGACCUGCUGUGAACCUACCAGCUGCCAGACAUCCUGUGUGGUGUCCAGACCUUGCCAGACAUCCUGCUACCAGCCGAGAACCUCCACGCUCUGCAGUCCCUGCCAGACGACUUGCUCUGGGUCUCUGGGUUUUGGGACCAGCAGCUGCCAUUCCCUGGGCUAUGGAUCCAGAAGCUGCUACUCAGUGGGCUGUGGAUCCAAGGGUUUCAGAUCCCUGGGUUCUGGAGUCUGUGGCUUCCCUUCCCUGAGCUAUGGAUCCAGAUUCUGCCGCCCAACCUUCUUCACCUCCAGGAGCUGCCAGUCAUCCUGUUUCAGACCAACAUGUGGAUCUGGCUUCUAUAGAUCCACUUGUUGAGGGUCCAGGCAUUUUGAGCAAUAUGUCUAACCUCUAAACAGAGAGUUUAUCAUCUUUAUGAUAUUCAAGAAAUACUAUCCAGUCAACUUUCUUCCAGCCAGAAAGUAUUGGCCAAAAAACUGUCCCUAACAUAUAUUUAAUCUUAUUGGAUGAAUUUAUAAAAUUAGUGGAAUUAAUGAAAUAAAUUGUGAGAUAAAUUAAUGGAAUUUAUGUUAAUAAACAUGAACUAAUGUUAAUGAAUUAAUGGGAUUCUUAUUGAUAUACUUUACUCAAAAGAAUGAUGAAAACAUUUAUGAAUAUAACGUAAUAAACUCAUUCUGGCUUCCAAA